CUAAUUCUAAUCUAUUAUCUAUACACACAAAAACAAACAAACACACAAGUGCUGUGCCUCACUCACUCUCACUGAUGAAGAUCCCAGAAAAGCUCCUCAAACUAAAAUACCAUUUCCUCACUCUAACCCUCUUAUCUCUAACCCUCCUUUCCCUCAUACUCAUGGCCCCAAAAUUGGUAACCCUCUUCACCUAUUUCUGGCCACUCUUUCUCUCCACCGCACUCGUCCUCGCUCUCGUCUUCGUCUUCGCUAAGACCUCUCCUCUACCUCACACCGACGCUUCAAUUCAUAAGGAUCUCCUUGAUUAUGUCUCUGGUGACCUUGACCAUGAUUCGCAGUUCGAUCUUCACAACAAGUCCGAUUAGAGCAACGUUUUCCUCUCUCCGAUGAAGGUUAGCGUCCCGAGAAGAUGCAGAUCGGAAACCGCACCGUUUCUGUAGUAGUACUAAUCCAAUUCAAUAAUUGUUUUUUUACUUUAGUUUAAUCUUUUCUUUGCUUUUAAUUAACAUUAUUAUCUUAAUUAGUACUUUUAUAUAUCUUGUGAAUUUGUAUCAAGAUGUAUCUGAGAUUGAAAUUAUUAGUUACAUCCUUUCUUUCCA